UAAAUUUGUUAGUGACAGAUGUUUUCAAGUUGGCAACUUUCUGCUGGAACGAAAAUGUUUGACAUUUCCAAUUUGCCAAUCAAAAUUUGAAAGAUAAAUAAAAAAAAAAAAAAAAAAACAGUUAAUGAUGCAGGGUAUUUUAAGAGAGGUGCAAGAAUUCGUUGUCCUACCGAGCAAAUCAGUGGGCAACGGUGACUCCAAUGUCCAGUUAUCAGAUAUUUCCAAAGAUAUCUUACAACUCCAGAAUGUGGUACAGAGCCAGCUUGAAGGUUAUACAUUUUGGUCAACAAAUGUAACAAAGCGUCUAAUUGCUCUUUACAAAUCACACCACACCCAAAAAGGAAAAAAAUUACGAAACAAAAGAAGUUAUGGGAAAUCAUAGCGGAAAUUUUGAAUAAGGAGUUCCAUCUAAAACUAACAGCUUCUCAGGUGGAAAAUAAGUGGAGAACUCUCUUGAGGGCAUACAAAAACGUGACUGAUAAUAACAACAAAACAGGCAGAGGUAGAAAAGUUUUUCAAUAUCAGGAGGAAAUGGAUAUCAUUUUUUGUAAAAAAAAGAAUAUAAAUCCAGAGGUACUAUUAAGCAAUGAAACCAUUGUUGCUAUACCUGAAAGUAUUACUUCUA